CAGCCGGCGGGCUCCAGAUAAAGUUGCCCACUUUACCUUUGAUAAUUUCCACUACAUUAAUUGUCUUGUUGAUUUGGUUACAGUUUAAAGCCGCCGGGAUGGCUUUCGACGUCAGGCGGUUCUAAUGCUAAGCCAACAUUGAAGAUUUUCAAUUUAUUGAUCUUGUAAAUGAUGAAUGUAAAUUAAUUCAACUACCUUGUCAAAUUGACUUGAUGCAAACGCUUCUGGGAAAGGCUGCAUUGACACGGAAUUAAAAAAAUGCUACAAGUGAAACAAGCACCAGUUUUUAAAAUUAAAGACUUGAUAUCUACAGGAAAGUACCAAGAGACCUUACACAGCCCACAUACACGGGAGCUUUUAUUUCCAUCUGUUGUUGCGUGUUCAUGUUGUUCCUUUUCUUGUCAGAACUGACUGGCUUCAUUGCGACUGAAAUAGUGAAUGAAUUGUACGUGGAUGACCCUGACAAGGACAGUGGAGGAAAAAUUGAAGUAAAUCUAAAUAUCAGUUUACCUAACCUUUCAUGUGAUGUUGUUGGACUAGACAUUCAAGAUGAAAUGGGACGACAUGAAGUUGGCCAUAUUGAUAACUCUAUGAAACUUCCUCUAAAUAAUGGUCAAGGCUGCAGGUUUGAGGGACAGUUCAACAUUAAUAAGGUUCCAGGUAAUUUCCAUGUAUCCACACACAGUGCCACUGCACAGCCAGAUAAUCCAGACAUGACUCAUGUAAUUAACAAACUGACAUUUGGUGAAAUAAUAGAGGUUAAAAAUGUUCAAGGUGCUUUUAAUGCCCUAGCCAGAGCAGAUAAACUUAGUUCAAAUCCUCUUGCAUCACAUGACUAUGUACUGAAGAUAGUCCCCACAGUGUAUGAAGAUUUAAAGGCAAAACAACGCUUUUCCUAUCAGUACACAGUAGCACAAAAGGAAUAUGUGGCAUACAGCCACACAGGCCGCAUUAUACCUGCCAUCUGGUUCCGGUAUGACCUCAGCCCAAUCACUGUAAAAUAUGUUGAACGGCAACAACCAUUAUACAGGUUUAUUACAACAAUCUGUGCAAUCAUUGGAGGAACAUUUACAGUUGCUGGGAUCAUAGAUUCUUGCAUUUUUACAGCGUCUGAAGCCUGGAAGAAGAUUCAGCUGGGCAAAAUGCACUAGCAGUAAUGUAUGCAAUUACUGAGCCAGUCCAGUUUACAAGUAACUGGCUUAAAAUGAAUUGAGAUUAUUUUUAUUUAUGCCAGAUUACCAGCCAACGUCAUUCAAAGUUACAGCUAGAUUUUGGGCAGUCCUGUUUUCAUGCUGUGGUCAUUAUGAAGUGAAAUUUGUUGUGUAGGAGGUUUGAAUAUUUAAAUUGUGAAUAUUUUUGAAUGACAAAAAUAACAUCUGCACUUCUGUCUUUUCUAGCAUUACAUUAUAUUCUGGCACAAAUUGGGAACAUUUGCCUUUUCUGGUCUUAUAAAUCAAAUAGAAACACUGGAAAAUGAAGAAACACCUUAUUUUUUACCUUAUUAUGCUACUUUAAUUAUGUUGGGUGUGUUUGGAAGUUUCUUUAAAAAUGGGUAUCCAAAUCAAUGUGUCAUGUUAUUCAAAAAUAGCAUCAGUUGUCUGUGUCUUGAGCUUUCUGAUUUUUUUCCCAAGCAAACAGAAAGUAAUAAAACGCUAAAAUAAUUGCUUAAUCCCACUCUUGCAGCCAAUGGUUCAGGAAUAAGUAAUUUUGUCUGUCAUAAAAUAUAAUUCAAGUAGGGUGUGCAAAGAACAUUUGUAUAAUGUAAAAGUCUGAAGUUAAGGAACCGAAGUUUAAUUUGCAUUGUUGUGUCUUGCACUGUGCAUAUAUAACAAACAUGUGCAUAUAUUAUAUUGCAUAUUGAUACACUUUUUAAAAAACACUGUGGCACAUAAAUUAUGUGACUGCUUUUGAGGGCUAUAAUCAUGCUCAAAGUUGAAAAUGAUUAUCUAUAUUUAUAUUAGUAUACCAUUUUGUCCAUAGUUACUUAUCAGUUCCUCAAUGCAUUUGAAACUCCUUGGAUGCAAACAAUCUCCAUGCUGGAAUUUUAGGUAAAACUAACCAAUUAAUUGAAGUGAGAAAAGAAAACGGUUGCCUUAUUGCUUCUGGCUAUAGUUAUCUGAAGUGAAUCAUUAAACAGGAAUAAAACUGUUCUCCAUCUAUGAGUGGUAAAAAUGUAGUAGCACUCAAAAUUCUAGGGUACAGCUAAAGAUGAUUAUGAUGUGUAAGAAUUCUAUUUCAGUUGCUGUCAAUUUGAUAGAUGCUUAGAUUAUAGAUAACCAGUUAAGGUGCGAUAAAACUGAAAACAAUAGACAGAGAUAUUUUAGAAAUUGUAUACUGUAGUGAAAAUGAAUGAUUAGUCAUAUUUAAAUGUUUUUCCUCAGUACACACAUGCCAUAUACCUUGAAUAAAGGUAUGGUUCAUCUCCCUAAAUAUAUCUUUAAAGUAUAUAAUGAAGUCAUUUUUUAAAAAAGUAUUUAGUCCUCCAGAAUUAUAAAGAAGCCAAUAUGAUUUAAUAAAUCUUGUUAGUUGAAAAUUUAAAGUAGGUUGGUAGAAAAAAAAUAUUGUUCAGUCUUUUACAGGCUUCAGUUUGUCUGCUGCAAUCCCUACAGAGUAGGUGUAAUAUUGUUUUAUUCCAUUUUUUUAAGCUGUACGACUUGUAGUCCUUUUCAAAAAAGGACAGCAAUCUUUUUUGUUGGCCAAAUCAGGCCUAUCAAAAAAAAUCUGAAAUUUGCUCUCUCCCAAUAAAACUGACGUUGUUCACAAAGCUAAGGAAACUACUUUACUUUCCAAUAUGUUCCACAUUGUUCCUUACAUCAGGAAGAUUAAUUUGGUUAGGUUGUACAAUAAUAUGCAGUUUAUGAAAGUUAGUGCAGGACAGUCUGGCUACAUUUUGGAAGUUUAUGUAGUUCCACUUUUACUUUGCUGCAGUCAUGUCCAUUGGCACAGCUCAUAUCAGUUCUGCAUGCAGCAGGAACUAUACCAUCUGGUAGCUUUACUAAAAACCAUGGACUGCAGGAGAAACCUUGCCAAAUAUUUUAAUAGUGAAUACACUUAAAACAUAUAUGGUACCAGUUACAAAGUGUCCUUUUUAAAAAAAUGUGACGGUAACAUUGCUAUAAAAUCAUCCAUCAAUUUCCAUCCAUUUGGAUUGAAAAAUGUCAUUGUUCUUAACGGCGAUGGAUGCAUAUUUGUUUUCUUUUCAGUUGACAUAUAGAGACAUAUAGAAGGAGACUGAAAAUAAAAAAAACUGCACCACCCUAAUGAUGUCUGAAUUCCACAGAAAUCCCUGUUUGAAAUGAUGAUGCUGCAAAACUGUAUAUAAUCCUAUUUUUAAGCUUAAAAAAUGUUUUAACUAUGGCAUUUUGCCUUUCAGUUGGAGGGGGAGCAAUGCAAAUAAAGUAAGACAAAUAUUAGGGAACUUCACAAUCUUCCCAAAUGUAUCCAGGCAUUUUUUACAUCAUGAAAGUUCAUUUGUUCAAGUCCUACAGUGUUUGAACACUGUUUAUGCAAAUUAGUAUACAAACUGUUUGGAAGAUGAUGUGCUGUUUUUUUAAAAAAAAGAUUUUGCGUAUUUCUGAAAAGAGAGACUUUUCCUUGUUCACUCAGCGUAAGUGCCAGAAUGCCAAAUUUCAAACCACACAACAAUUUAUAGUACAGGGGAAAAGGGUGCUGAAUAGUUGGUAAUCAAAUCUGAUUGGCUGAAGCGUUGCCAUGGAAACAAAAAAAAAUCUUUGUAUAUUGACGCUCCAAGUUUUUUUACCACAUGGAAAUAUAUCGUGGUUUGUAAGUCUUUACACUCUGAAGUGAAGUUGAGAUAUUAGUUGCCUGAGUCCAGGGCCAAAUCUUUUGUUUGCUGUUUAAAAUGUCAAAGAGCAAAAAAAAAAAAUCAGUGUUUAAAUCUCUGACUCAAUUGCUGUGGUAACCUUGGACAUUGACAUUGAAGUUCUUAUGCAAAUAUUGGCAGUCGAUUCUGCCUACAUCUUUAUUGUACAUGAUUCCAAUAAGUUGUGUGGAACCAGCUGUACUUUUUGACUCAUGAGUAAAUUGUCAACUAAAUGUGAAUAUAUUUAGUUCAUUAAAAAAGGGGAAAUUGUGGUUUACUUUCUAAUAAGCAGUGAAUAGAUAUUCUCUGCAAGGUGUGUACUGGCACAAAUUUAUAGUAUUGACAAUCAAAACUGUUAAUUCGACAAAAUUAACAACCACUGAUCAACAAAGAUGCAACUUUGAAACAAUUCAUUUUUUUUUUGGAACUUGGGGGACACAUAAAAGGCCAACUAUUUUUAAUUAGUUUAUUAUUUUUGAUUCUGCUAAAUAUUUGCAAUGUAGUUUAUUGAUCAUUUACAUAAGGUGAAGUACCCUGCAAACCUUUUGUGGGUUUAGAAAUGUAGUAAGUUAUUCAGAAAUUAGUGCAGAUGUUAGUUUAGGCAUCAAGUUAAAGGCUUUGUCGGUCAGGAGUAUAUUAAGGUAUGUCUAGGUAUGGCUGGUCGCUUUUAUUUUUGCCUCCACUGAGCAAAAAUUAUUGUGUUAAUAAAAAUGUACACAAGUAGAACUAAAACUGGUCCUCCUUGUGUACAACUGAAUUCAAGUGACGAAAGCUAUUUUACCAAAGCCACAAUACCUAUCUAGGAUCUGUUUCAGAUUAUCUCUUUCUGCAGUACACUAGAGAUUAGGGAAACUUUCUUAGCAUUAUAUCCAACCUGAGGGAAUGAUUUGUCUUGUGCAUGAUUCAUUUUCUUUAGUAUUUUAGAGUUUAGUUGGAUUAUUUGGAGGAUGAUACUCAGCAUAAUAAUUUAACAAUAAGUGCCAAACAUAAUGCUAAUAUUUUUGUAGCCCUUUAUAUACCGUUGAUCUGCCCAAUAAUCUCUGAGAAGGAACUGAGGGAGAACUGUUCUUUUUAAAAGACAUUUGCCUUUGCACCACACGAUUUUUGUUCCCAUUAUGUAGUAUAUCCUUUAUUUUCAUUUACAUUUUUUUUUCAUAUUUUUUGAUUUCUAAAAUGAGAGGUGUUUUUCUUUGUGAAUAGUACUGCACCUUCUUUGGCCUUUGAACUUGAAUUAUUUUUGGUCAUUUCCUGCUUUUUUCUCUGAUGCAGAUGACCCUCCAAAAGACCAGGAAGUCAGGCUUUCUGUAAUUCCAAUCUUUUUAUAUCAACUAAGAAAGGAUUGCUAUGAAUUUCUCCUUCCUGAUUAAUUGCCUUUAUCAGAGAUUUUAUCCUUCUGGUUAAGAUGCAUCUUUGAACUUCCAUUUGUGAUUUCCCUGAAUGCAGUGAAAUAAAAUGAAAGAUAAGCCACUUCCAUGUGGGGAGCUUGUGUGUUACAAGGGCAAGUCCUUUUUCAAGGAUUUAGCUCUCUCCUGUGCUGUUCCUAUGUGAUUGUCUGACUUGCCUAUGGUAAGAAUGAGGAACAUCAUACCUAAUAGCUGCACAAUUCAAUUUUAUAAAUGUAUAAGUAAUUCAGAAUGUAAAUGAAAUGCGGUAAAUAAAACUUGAACAAUUUAA